AUGCUUUCCUCUCAAAGUGUCCACAACUCGGCUGCUGCCCUGUCCGUCCUGACAUCCUGUGGCGGGAUUAUCGGCUAUGCACGCACCGGCUCCAUUGCCUCCAUUGCCGCCGGCCUCUGUGUGGGCGCCAUUUACGCUUUCAGCUAUUUCCGUUUUCACAGUGAACAGCCCCAUGGCGAAGAAUUGAGUUUAAUUGCCUCUGUUAUGCUAGCGGGAAGUUCGAUUCCCAGAGCGCUGAAGACGAGGAAGCCUGUCCCUGUUAGCCUCAGUUUAAUGGCUACGUACGGCUUAAUUGUGUUCUGGUUAGCAUAUAAGGGUAAAAGGGCGUCUUAA